GGGGAUAGAGGGGAAUGCCGUGGUUCUGUUCUUUUCUACUGGCUCACAUAAUCUCUUUUUCUCUGCUGUUUUAUCCUUCGCGUUCCAAGCCACUUGCGUCAAUCUGUCAGCUUACAGAAACUCUACUGUCACCCCUUGGGAGUAUUUACUACCAUCACUCGCACCACCUCGAAUCUUCCGCGCAGAUUAGAAGCAGACACAUCUCCCACCAUGGCGUUACACGGCAAGCUCGACCUGCCCAAGCGGUACAUCACCACCACCAACGACGAGGGUCUUGCAGUCGUCGACACGACUGUCCCUGCGGACGCCCCCUUCUACGAGCUGCGGGCCGGGGACGCGGCCUUUGCGCAGUGCUACGUCACGUCUUCCUUCCCCGCCAAGCUGGCCGACAAGGCCGACCUUAAUGUCUACACCGAAUUCCUCAAGCAGCCGCCGGGGCUUGUCGUCAACAGCGGCACGGUGCUGCGGUACGUCGACAUGCCUCCCGGAGCGACGUCGCCGAUGCACAAGACGCUCAGUCUCGACUAUGGCGUCGUGCUCGAGGGCAAUAUCGAGCUCGUCCUCGACUCGGGCGAGACGCGGCCGAUGAAGCGCGGCGACAUCUGUGUCCAGCGCGCGACGAUGCACGCGUGGCGCAACAUGAGCGACACCGAGUGGGGUCGCAUGCUGUACAUCCUCCAGCCCGUCGAGCCGUUCGCCGUGGCCGGCAAGGAGGUCAAGGAGGAUCUGGGCGGGAUGCACGGCGUGGCGGACUCGUCAUAGAGGCUUGGUGCUUGCUUUUUUGCGAAGAUGAGCAAUCUGCACAGCGUGUUCUAGUAUUGUAGUGGAGCUUGCAUGCAUGAAGAGCGACCAAGCAGAAUAUACAACAAGUUAAAACAAUACCAAUGGCCGUUCGGUAUCGGCAUUUCCGAACUGUUGCGCACGAGAAACGCGUCUGGCCUUGAAU